AUGGCCGAAGCAACAAAGCCAUCUUCAUCUUUCCUAAGCUCAAUCAGUCCCUGGAGCAGGAGUAAUACUCCUCCGCCCAAGUCCCCUCGACAGGGUCCCAAGGAUGACCCUCAUCAACUAAGACAGUCUACUGGCAUUGACCAUACUAUUAGUCUACGUCCAUCGCCAAGUUUACGUCGAUAUCCCAGGGACUGUCCUCCUCUCAUCACCAAAUGGUAUUAUGCUGUGGACGUAGCAAAACGGAAACCUUUUGCAACUGAACCAGGACCAGAAGAACCUGCAAAAGCGACAACUGGUCCCAAGAAGUUCGUGGGUUUCUCAUCCACUGACUCUCAAGCCAUUGAAAAGGCAUACCAAUCACUCGAUAGAGGCGACAAAUCACAGUCGGACACUUCAUCUCCCACUUCCACAAGGGUUCCUGUCAAUGAGGACUUCCUGUUCGAUGUCCAUAUCGAGAAGCGGGAGCUCGAACCUGCGUACUGGCUAGGACCUGUUUACGAGGUUCACCGUGGUAGCUGGUUCUAUGUGGAAGGCUCCUUCCUAAAACCCUGCGACGAGAACCUCGCGAAUCAGCUCGAGGAAGGCUACUUGAAAAUAGCCCCAUGGAGGAGAUUAGGCAUCUCAUCUCCUCGUUCAACCUCUCAGCCGAGAAGUCGUCCGGCUUCAAUGAUAUUGGAUAGUGCAUCAACCCUUCUCCCGAACAAGGCCAACCCGUCUCAAGAUGAUGCCCAAACCGCAGGUUCUAACACUUAUCGACUUUUUGGCAAUCACAUGAACACGACGGUGACCUACCAAGAUGCUGUCACUGCUUUCCUGUCAUCAGAUGAUUUCUACUCUCGUAUGAGUAGCAUCACCUAUGGUAGAUUUGUCGGGUAUGGUGGCACAAAGGUAGUGAGAGGGUGGUCGGAAUCUACGAGACUCGUGGAACCAAAACCUGCUGAGCCGAUUAGCUCAAAGGAGAAGCGAAAAUCAGCCAAGAAUACCAGCGAAACCAGCCAGCCAGUAGAAUCUACCAAAGCUGAUUCACAGCCCGAGGAGCAGGAACCUGAGUCCAAACCCCGUCGGUCUGCCCUCGAAAGACAACUUUCGUCCUUGGCAGGAAUCCCUGGAUCUCAAGAAGGAGACAUCUCAGCUGAGGAAGAGGCCCGAGAACAAGAAGAAAAGGAAAUGGAAGACGCCAGAGAAAAGGACGGGGAUGAUCAAGCAAGACAGAUUGACCAUCUUGUCCUCGUGACCCAUGGUAUUGGUCAACGUCUUGGGUUAAGACUGGACAGUAUUAACUUCGUCCACGAUGUGAAUACUCUACGCAAGUCCAUGAAGGCUGUGUAUGGUUCUGCUCCAGAUCUACAGGCUUUGAGUGGUGAUCCCAAAAAUUGUCGAGUACAGGUCCUGCCGAUUGCCUGGCGUCAUUUGCUCGAUUUUCCCAAACAGAGUCUCAAGCAGAAUCGCAAAGAAUUCGAUUUAGGCGAUGCUGAUGACGAUUUCGAUGACAUCUAUCCUUCCCUUCAAGACAUUACCGUUGAAGGCGUUCCUGCAGUACGCAAUCUCAUCACAGACCUUGCAAUGGACGUCCUUCUCUACCAAAGUGCCUACAGAGAACAUAUUGCUCAAAUCGUGCAACAAGAAUGCAAUCGAGUCUACAAACUCUUCAAGCAGCGCACCGGGUUCUCUGGUCAGGUCAGCCUUUGUGGUCAUUCUUUAGGAAGUGCUGUCCUAUUCGACAUCCUCUGCCGGCAGGAAGAUUUAAUCCAGACUCGACCCCGUCGAGUAUCAAGCAAGACAGCACGAGAACCCAGUAUGGACCAGACAAACCUCAAACUUGACUUUGAUGUCCAGAACUUCUUUUGUCUUGGUUCACCAAUCGCUCUUUUUCAAAUGCUCAAAGGCCGCACGGUCAGUGGUCGAAAUUCCUCGUCUAGCUAUAGCUAUGGCGGGCCAAUGCCAACAUCGCCCUUUGACCCGGAUCCAAUGAGCAACGAUCCUUUUGACAUUGCUUCCACCAGAAAUCCCCCCAUGAGCUCCGUCAAGGAAUUGAUACCUAUCACGACAUCAUCCCCUAAAUGCGGCGAACUCUUCAACAUCUUCCAUCCAACAGACCCAAUCGCUUACCGCAUCGAGCCACUUAUCUCCCCAGCAAUGGCUCAACUGAAAUCUCAACCCUUGCCAUACACGAAGAAAGGGCUCUUUGCAGCACCCGGAAUUGCCAACAUCUCCGCCCGCGUCGGUCAACAAGUAAUGUCAUCUUGGUACAACCUAACCUCUGGGGUUGCAUCCACACUCAUCAACCGAAGCCUCGGCAUUACAGGCGAAGAGCAAGCGCUGCCACAGGACAAAGGAAAAUCCUCUCAGGCAGCAGGUCCUGGCAAUACUCUGACGGGCGGACCCAACAUCCCACAGAUCACCAUGCCAACCGCCGACAAGUCUCGUCAGCAGGCACUGGCGGAAGCCGCCCGCUCCUCACCAACCAGCGAACAACCUCCGACGCUAAUCGACUCGGAAAUCGAAACCCUGUAUUCCGGCUUCCAAAAACGCCGAAGAUCCCAAACGCCCUCGUCACUCACACCCAACACGACAGGCACAACGACAGACGACACCACGGCCAACGACCCCGACGCCUCGUCAACAACCCCUCCACAAGCAAGCUCCGAAACAGACCCCGCCGAAUAUACAGUCAGCCAAGACCGGGCCCGCAAGCUGAAGCGCGAAGAAGCAAAAGUGCGCGCGCUGAACAGCAAUGGGCGCGUCGACUACCAUAUCCAGGAGGGCAUGUUCGACGUGAGUCUGCUGGCGAGCAUUGCCAGCCACCUGAGCUACUGGGCCGACGAGGACGUCAAUCAUUUCAUGAUUGGGCAGAUGCUGAAGAAGACGAGUCGUGGGCGAGGAGGGCUUGGAAAUGUGGGUGUGGGUGGGGAGCAGAAGGAGAAGAAUAGGGAGCUGGAAAGGGAGCGCCAGGGCGACAUCGGACGUGGAGGAGGGGACAUGUUGUGA